AUGUCCGCUGCACGUGCUGGACAUACUGCCACAUUAUUAUCAUCUGGCAAUGUUUUAGUUAUAGGUGGACUUUCAGGCGGUGACAUUGUAUCUAGCUGUGAAAUUUACAAUGCCUCCGGAAAUAAUUGGACUUCCGCUGCUAAUAUGAACAUAUCUCGAGCAUUACAUACAACUACUUUAUUACCAUCUGGUCAUAUACUGGUAGCAGGGGGUGGUGAGAAUGAUCCUUCUACUUGUGAAAUAUAUAAUCCUCAAUCGAACAAAUGGAUCAGUGCUGCAAAGAUGUCAGUAACACGUAUCAGUCACACUGCAAUUCUAUUAUCAACAGGAAAGGUCCUAGUGGCGGGUGGUAUUAGUCCUAUAUUCGAAUUCUGGUCUAGCUGUGAAAUUUACGAUCCUCAUACGAAUAAAUGGACUGCAGCAGCCGAGAUGUCCUCCGAACGUGCUGCACACACUGCCACUCUAUUACCUUCAGGAAAAGUACUGGUGACCGGUGGUGCUUGGCAUAAACUCCUCGAUUUUCUGAAUAGUUGUGAAGUGUACGAUCCUCUUACUAAAAACUGGACAGAGGUUGCAAGUAUGUCACAGGGGCGUGCAGGACACACAGCCACAUUAUUACCGUCUGGAAAAGUGCUAGUUACUGGCGGUGAACUUGGUGAACCAUUUGCAGAACUCUAUGAUCCUGUAUCCGAUAAGUGGACUCCAGCCGAUGAUUCGUAG